UGGCAAACCGUCCAAGGCAACCAACCAUGGCUGAGCCUGAUUGCAAACUUGCAAACAAGUGACUGACAUUUUAUUUGUCAUUUUGUUUUGAUUGCGUUGUCGAGUUCGGUCUGCUUUAUCGAAAUCGAAAGAAGAAUACACCUAUUUUACUUUUGAGAAUUAAAAUAUUAGCCGCAGUGUUCAAGUUAAUAGGUAAUUAAUAUAAAAAAUUAGGUUGCAAAUCUUUACAAACUCAAAAUGAAACCGAGCGGUGGAGGUGAUGACUAUGAGGAACCAGAGCACAUGCGGAAACUUUUCAUCGGAGGCCUUGAUUAUCGCACUAAUGAUACCUCACUGAAGGAGUUCUAUGAACAAUGGGGGGAAAUAGUUGAUGUAGUUGUGAUGAAGGACCCUCAAACCAAGAGGUCCAGGGGAUUUGGAUUUAUCACAUACUCCAGAGCACACAUGGUUGAUGAUGCCCAGAAUAAUAGACCUCACAAAAUUGAUGGAAGAGUGGUUGAGCCAAAACGGGCAGUGCCCAGAGAGGAGAUCAACCGGCCUGAUGCAAGUGCCACUGUCAAGAAACUGUUUGUGGGGGGUCUCAAACAGGAAAUAGAGGAAGAUGAUCUGAAGGAAUACUUCAGCUCUUAUGGGAACAUUGUGUCUGUAAGCUUAGUAACUGAAAAGGAGACUGGAAAGAAAAGGGGUUUCGGCUUUGUAGAGUUUGAUGAUUAUGAUCCAGUGGAUCGGAUUUGCUUGCAACAGACUCAUAAGAUUAGAGGCAACCGGUUGGAUGUCAAGAAGGCACUAUCUAAGUCCGAGAUAGCUGCGGGUGGUCCCGGGGGUGGCGGCGGCGGGCGUAGGGGCGGUGGUCGCGGCGGUGGGGGAGGGUGGGGCAACCGCCAGAACCAAGAUUGGGGCAAUGAUGGAGGUUACAAUUCUGGAUAUGGACAAGGGGCUUGGGGAAACCAUAACCCAUGGGACAACAACUCGGGCGGGAGUUGGGGCAAUCAGGGUUAUGGUGACCAAGGUGGAUGGGGACAACCUAACAAUUUUGGUGGUGGCUACCAGCAAGGGUACAGUGGUGGCCCAAUGAGAGGCAACUAUAACGCUUCAAGGGCCCAGCCAUAUAAUGCUGGCGGAGGUGGUGGCGGCUUCGCUAAUAAUAACUCCGGAGGCGGCUACAACAUGGGAAAUGCCGCUCAGAGCGGCAACCAGCGCAGAUUCUAGUCCGCCAUCCCUCUUGUCUCAAGUUGCUUAGUUGAAGCUAGGCAGGCAGGCGGUAGAGUAGGCCACGACACUAGCUAGUGAGGGCCAAGCGGACUUAGUGAAGCGACCACGUUUCAUAGUCAUUUAACUAUUUUUUUCCCCUUCAAUUAAGGUUUGUUCACAAUAAGGUAUUGUUCAGGCACUAGAUUUCUUUCAUAUAAGUUUUAGUCAUUUAGCACUGAGCACAGUUUUUACAUUUGAAGCGUCACAAUAUACGUUAUGCACUAUUGUGUCAGUCAGGCUCAUUUUUAAGAAAAAAAUAUGAAUUUUAUUAUGACGAUAAUCACAAGUUUUAUUCUAUUGUAAAAGCUGUGGCGAUAGCAAUUUGCGUUUCUAGUCUGUAAGAAGAUAUAUUCGAUAAUAUAAGUACUGUUUAAUUGACAUUAUGUUAAUGAAUGAAUCAUCCGAUUAGCUAAUGCUAGCUAUGACAUUCCAGAAUGCAUACUGAAUAUCUAUGCAGAGGUCAUUUUAUUAUUAUUAAUUUUAAGUUACGACUUAUAUUAAUCACAAUAAUUAACUUGAAAAUAUAUAAAACAAAUAGCAGUGUGUAUGACAUUUUAACAAUCUCGGUGUUAGAUAUGUAGGAUACAUUUUUAUUAACGAUGAACUGUUAUUCGUUUAAAUACAAUAUAUAGAUUGUUAUAGUUUUGACUGAUCAUAAAGAAAAUGUUUUGAUUUUUUCACAUUGACUGUAAAAUUUGUAAUUUAUUUAGUUACAUUUUAUGUGUUAUUGUUAUAUUCUCUUGGGAUACAAUUUUAUUUCGCCAUUAUAGAGUGCGAAGUUAAAAAUAUUUUUGUUAUAUUGGUGUGCCUAAAAUUAAAUAUUUAAAUACUAUUUUCCAUGGACUCUUCUACACGUGGACGAGUCGCUGGUGGAAAAGGCCAUGGUAAGUGACUUUGCCUGAAUAAAACAUAUUCAAUAACA